AAACGCAACGAAGAGCUACGGUUGUAGCUGAUGGCGAUCUUCAAGGGUUUCAUCAUGUUUCUCAAAGAAAGUCUUCCCUAAGCCUGUGGUUUGAAAGAAAGGUUUUAGGAAAAGAAGGGAGCUUCUGUCAAAAGUCGCGGUAAGUCUGUUUUUUAAAGCUUGAUACAUGAAAGAAAAUAAGAAAUCAUUUUAAAAUUGGAAAAGAAAAAAUGAAAUAUUCGCUAUUUGUUGUACUUGUUGCAGAGGCGGAGCGUUUAAAUUUUAUUGCUUUUCGCGGUUUUUCCUGCUUUUUUUUCUGAGGUGUAUUUUAUUCAACGGUGUGUCCGGCGUGUUCCCCUUUUCACCAGAAGUAAGAAUUUCUAAAAGAAAAAUAAUUUUCUAAUGUUAUUAAAUACAUGUACAAAUUCAAAUGUAGAGUAUCUUGUAGCUUGUUUGGACUGUCCAUUUCCGACGAGAACCAUUAACCAUGAUUACGAGAUUCAAAGAAAUAUAGCGUCUGUACGUUGAAAUUAAACGAAUGAUUGAAACUUCCUUUAUGUUCGAGUUUUGGGUAAGAUAUCUAUGACCGUUUACUUGUAAUCUAAAAGAAUUAACGCCUUUACGAAAGCAGUGAUUUGAUACGCCAUUACGCUAGGAUAGAUUUUUGACGCAGGAAAGAAUCAGUCUACCUCUAUUUUCUGUUUUAUUAUUGUGUUAUGUUUAUUACCUAGUGAACUGUACCUUGCAGUCUUUCAAUACGUUGAAUAUGUAUCCAAACUUCUUCUUGUGUAAACAGAGUACUUAUUGUCACUAUAAACAUUCACUUUGACAUAUGCCUCAAGUUGCUCUUACAAGGCCUUAUUAUAAAACCUGUUCGAAACCUUCCUAACCAUUUCAAUUUUGAUCACAAAAUAUGAAGCAUUUCUUAAAGGUGUUAAAUAAAAUGUUUUGUAUGGUAUUUAAAAAUGAAUGUUUUUUGUAAUUUACUUAAGCUUAAUUUAUAAUUAAUUAACUGCUCGAAUGGUUUCGUGAAAUUUGUUUGGUUUUCAACCGCGUAAUAUUAAAUUUUAAUCAAAGAACACAUUUUACUUAAUAAGAGUUUUAAUUAAAUUCACACUUAUUGUACUGAUGUGAAAAUAUUUUCACAUUUUAUCUUCUUGUUUUUUUUAAGUGUAAUAAACAUGACAGAACAUCUUUCAGUUUUUGUUUUGUUUCGUCCAGCCUUUCCAGUGAGACAUUGUCAUGAAUACCUUUAUAAUUUAGUGUAUUUUUGAAAAAGAUUUCAAACAGAAUUUUUCAUACAUGUUGUCUGAACCAUUAAAGUUGUCUGAAAUAAGUUUUUUAUAUAACCCAAAUCAAACUACUUUAUUACACUGGCAAAUCACAAAUUUAAACUGCAGACAUUUGAAAAAACAAACAAAAUAAUCUGUAUUAUCAUCAAAUUUUGUUAGUGGAUUUUCAUGUCACAACUUCUUAACCCAGUCUCUCUGACAUCUUUGUCCUUUCUCUGUCCACUCUUCCUCUCUGCCAAUGUUGAGUAAUAUGUAGAUCAGCAUAAGUUGCAGGGGUUAACCUGACAAUAUUAUUGUUUUAAUGAACAUGACAAGUAUUGUAGUUUGCAACAGCCAAAUUAGUGUUAAAAUCAUUGGGGAUCAUUUCUUUUUGGUUCUGUUUUUAAUUGGCCUUUUUUCCAAUUAAAAAUUACUGCUGAAUACAAACAUUAACAACAUAUCCAUUCAUGGUUAGCCUCGACAAAGAGUAAAAUAUUCACAAAUUCUGACAAAAAAGUGUCAGAAAUUUGAAAACACACAAUAGACAGAGUAGUAAACAGGUAUUCUUCUUGCUGGAAUAUGGGAAAAUAUUUUCAUCAGAUGGAGGCUAACCCUGUAAAAAAUACUUCUUCACUUGCUUUUAUUCAGCAGUCAGAGCAAACUUGAUAUUGGUGCCAUAUACCAUUAAGUUUUUUGUAACUGUUAGAGGGCAUUGUGUACUGUGGCAAGCAGACUCAGUUUUUACCCAGAUACCAUGGCACCCAGUCAUUGUUUAUGUAUUUUAGUUGAUUUACUUGGGAUAGGAUGCUGACAGGAAAACCCUUAACUACUAGUCUAAAACUAGUUCUCUCACUGAAGGGUUACCUAAAGUUCACAAUAAAUAAAAAUUACACAUCUGUUUAAAUCAUAAAUACUUAAUAAACAAGUGGAAAAUAUGUACAAUAUUUAUAAACUAGAAAUGUAAUUAAAUAAGACAAAUAAAUUAAGAGAAUGUAGCUAAUAUCCUUCAGACCCCGGUUGUUCAAACGUCAGAUAGUGCUGUCCACCGCCGGAUAAAUCACUAUCCAGCGGAUAGCGUAAUUGAUUUCCGUAAUACUUAUCCGCUGGAUAGUGAUUUAUCCGGUGGAUAGCGCUAUCCAACGUUUAAACAACCAGGGCCAGGUGUAGGUGUUGCUAGUUACAAACAUCUAAACAUGGAGUUUUGUUCAAAACAGAAAAUGUCUGUUCCUCCUCGUCCUGACCCUCCUGUGGUUGGCAAAGUGACGCAUAGCAGCAUCGAGCUGUACUGGAAAGCUCCAGAAGCCAGCCACCAAGGAAAAGGUGACAGUCGAGUGCGUUACUGUGUCCAGGAGGAAGAGCUGGGCCCAAAAUCCAAAGGCUUUGGUAAUGUCUACUCUGGAUACAGUACAAUGUGAGCGUUACUUGACAUUUUGAAGAUGAUGAUCAUGCCUAAUAAUUUAUAAAGUUGUGAUUCGGUCAAAUCUUAAUUGAAAUUCCUUGAUUAAAAUUAUAUUUGCCUUUGCUGUAGUUUAUAACUGAUUAUUACAUAUCACCAUAGUUAAAGCAAAGGAAAAUAUGAUUUAAACCACAACAUAAUGACAUUAGCAGUCAAAACUGUUUUGUGGUAGAUUAUCUUUUUGCAAAAAUAAGCCAUCUGUGAUGAAAAAAAUUGUGCACUUUACAUGUUAUGAUGUAAAGCAAUUUGGAUUAGAGUCAAAAUUUGCAGUCAUUUUAGCUAUUGGUAGGUCAGUUGAAGGGGUCAUUGGGCAAUUCCAGAAAAUAUCCAUACUAUACCACGGACGCCUUUUAGGAUUUCCGAAGGGGAGGGGGGGUUCACGAUUAUGGAAUUCUGAGGGCAUGGGGGGGUAUUUACGAUUUGAAAUCCAAAGGCAUGGGGGAAUUCCACAGGUGGGUUUUCUGGAGUAGAAAGUGUAGAGUGAGUCCUUUAAAAUGCUAUUGUUGUGGAAUUUUGUAGUUCGUAAAUAAACCACGAAGAUAUGACCGCAGAAGCAGAAGACAAGCAUCGAUAGAUCAGACACGUGUUUACGCUCAUAACUUAUAGAAGUGAACAGUAAAACGUUGGUUUCACAUUUACCUUGAUGAAUUUCUUGUCACAUGAGUAAAAACUGAAAAUGUAUCUUUAAUACCGCUUGCAAAUUUCUUGUUACUCCCGUCCGAUGAACAGUAAAAAACUCACACCAGUCCCUCGUUUCCAAGGAACGCCUGUCAGAUUAGAACACUUUUCGUGCACACUACAUGACCUAUAAAAGGAGGCAACAUGACUCGACGGUAUAUUUGACCGCCGAAAGAUUUUAACAGUCUGAAUUUGAGCUGUUUUGCUUUGUAAACGUCAAAACAGCACAAGAAAACAAAGAGGAGUAAAAUUACCUUAAGUAGUGUUUAUUUUUAUAGCCAAAUUCGGACUUAAAAAGGAGUUUGCACAGCCUGGCCACUAGCGGUAGUUUUUUCUUGUCACUGAGGAGUAAAGCUUGUCGCCUGGCGCCGCUAGAUCACAGCCUUGAGGAGGCAUAAAUUCAUGUUCGUUUGUUCAUAUAGGCGUUGCUAAGUCGAAAAUGUACUUUAAAAAAAAAUGGAAAUUCUGGAGGGGAGGGGGGUUCACGAUAAUGGAAUUCUGAGGGCAUGGGGGGGUAACGCAUUUUGGAAUUUCCGAAGGCAAGGGGGGGUUAAAACAUGGAAACCGUCCGUGGUUGGGUAUGGAUAUUUUCUGGAAUUGCCCAUUAAGGCUGCAAGUUCAAAAAAAUACAGGCCUCAGUGAUUGGUAGGAAUCACUUAGGGAUUUUUCCUAGAUUCUGGCUACUGUCAAUAAAUGUUUUUCACCAAAAUUGAGCCCAAACAUUAACAACACUGAUCAUUUUCGCCAGGUUGGGUUUCAUGCCACACCCCUUUCAGCUGUUUUCUUUGCAAGAUCUAAUCUCUACUUAUGUUCCAAGUCCUGUUUGCAUAGGUAGAGCUCUUUUCCUGUUUAAUGGUUCAUCAAGGACCAAAUUACUCAUUGACAGAUCUUCAUGUCUCAUCCAGUGUCCUGCCAUUUCUGUAACAGCACAUAAAACCAACACUAGCUUAUUUCCUAUACUUUUAUCAAGUUUAACCCUUUCUGUUGCUUCAUUAAUGAUAUGAGGACUUGUUCUCUUUUCUUUUUUCUGUGGUAUCUUUCUGUUGGCUUUUAUAAUUUCUCUCUUUCUCUCUCUCUCUCUGUCAGGAAUGUGUUUAACGGUCUGGAGGCUCGCACACAGUACCGAUAUAGACUGAAAUGUAUGAACGACUUUGGAUCAAGUGCUUGGAGUCCUGUUGUUACUGUGUCAACAACAAAGAAACCACUGACCAGUGAGGAUCUUCAGCGGGCUGUAACCAAAGGAGAUGUGGAAACUGUCAAAAGUAUCCUACCAGGUAAGUCCGAACAGUAAGGUUAAAGCAAUUAGCAUGCAGCUUACGACAACAUACCUCCCAACUCUGCUGCCUUAGGGCUUGAGUUUCAGGCCUUCAGACAGCGUGCAAAGAAAAAUGUGUCCGAAAGCCCGGGACUAGUAGAUUGCUAUCAGGCUAGUGAUUUUUGUUCUUAACUUGCCUGACGGGCAAGUGCUGUUUUUUGCGGAAAUUUAAAUUACAGAAGGAUUGUAAUCAAUCCUGCUAAUCAAAAAGGGUUUUGGGGCUAGUUGAAAUGUCUUGUAGGCUAGUACAUGCUAGCAGCAACUUGCCCGAAUGGCAGGCUGUAAAACUGACUUUCUUUGCACCCUGUCAGAUCAAAAAAUAUUCAAUCUUUCACCAGCUCCUGCAUACAGAUCAAAUUUCUUUACUUGAAAAAAAAAAUUGAGCUAUUACAACCUCAACCGGCACAUAUUUCAAAAAAUGUACAAAUUCUACAAAAUUCAAAGCAGUGCACGAAAAGAAAGAAUCCAUGUGAAUGAUCCUACUUUCCCAGAAAUUUCCAAUUUUUGAACAGAAAUCACUGGAACUCAAAACUCUUUGGAACAUCUUUGAAAACCUUAUGUUAUCCCGUCCUGUACAAAAACUUCUGGUGCUCUAAGGAGAUCGUACUAAGAUUCUAAUAUUUAACAGACUUGAGAUAUUUCUUUACAUUUACAUGAUGUUGGCUAGCUUUCCCAUUUUUUGCCUCAAAUAAAUUGCUCAAUUUUUUUUUUUAAAGGACUCAGUUGGCAGGCUGUUGAUUCACCUGAUAAGUUUGGUUUGUCUCCUCUCAUGGUUGCAGGUACGUAAGCAUUCACGAUUUUUGUCUUUUUCUGUUAAGACUUGUUUGUUGAUGAAACCACCUUCCAUUAUCUGAAUUGACCUGAUCAAUAGGUUGCAGGAUAUGAGUAUAAGUACAUGAUAAUAUUUUAAAUAGUAUUAUUGUCCUAAUACUUUGUUCUGAUGCCUCAAGUCUGUUGUCCGUUGCUUUGGAACAUGAAUAGUUUAAAUAUGUCAGUAGAAUGUUUCAUCCCCACAUAAGUUUGUCACAUACUAACUGUAUAAUGAAUAUUUUGUAUGUUUUUUUUUUCCAUAUUGUAGCACAAAGAGGCUAUGUGGAUGUAGCAAGAGUCUUGCUGGAAAGCUCAGCCGAUGUGAACUUUCAGAGCAGCAGUGGAAAGACAGCAUUGAUGAUGGCUUGCUACUCUGGUAAAUGGCAUCAGAUGUCAUUUUCCUAACAUGAUUUUUAUUUCUCUGUUGUUGGGAUUUAAGGGAGGUCUCAUCUCUUUCCCUUGAUUUUCACAGAGGAUGAAGAGGCUGUUUUGUCAUGAAAAACUCUGUUUCAUCAACCUGUAUAAAUUUUUCAGCAACAAGCCCACAACACUACUGACUAUUGAGCUUAUUUUAUUGCUAUGUAAAACUGAAGACUAUGCUGUGUGAGACAUCUUGUCACCCUUUCAUUCACAAUAAGUACAAGGAAAAAUCCACCGAAAUUUUUUUUUUCAAGAAUUCAAAAGAAACAAAGUUGAGAGACUCUUCAUGAUGUUUGAAAGCUGAAGAGCCAAAAAAGCACUUCUGUUACUUGCUUUGUCCAGAUUAUGCUUUAGCUGCAUGAAUUAGUUAUUUUUUUUGCAAUUCCAAAUUGAGGGUGGCGCAAAAUGGUGGGUGAGGGAAAGAGAAGAGUCCUGGAGAGACAGAGAGAGUCUCUCCUCGUUUUUUCCCUGUCUAUUUUUCACCCUAGCUCUUCUAUUUGAAUGCCUGGAACAGGCUAUUUCCCAAAUGUAAAGAAGCUGGUACAAAUUAUUAAAUUUUAACACACUGACUUAUAAGCAUCCAUAUGGAACAUGGGCUGAUUCUUGUUAAUACUUGCUUGACAGGUCAUAUUGAAGUUGCGAAGCUGUUACGGCAGUACAAUGCCAGCUGGGAUUUAGUGGAUAAGACAGGCUCUACAGCCCUUCAUUGGGCAGUGGACGGAGCCAAUUUAGACAUGAUCCGCUGGAUGCUACAGGAUGGCUGCAGAGUGGAUAUCAAAGAUGAAACUUCAGGUGGAUUGAAAUAAAUAAUAUUGUAUUAAUUUUCUCAUCACAAAGUAGGCUUGUAUUUUGGAAGGGGUACUUUCUUAUGGGCAGAUGCCUCUAUCCUUCAUGUGAGCUUUUAGGAGUGGGGUAAGGGAGGGUAAAGAGAAUUUUUCCCCACCCCACCCCGGAGAACAUGCUUGCAGACUACUGUAAUGUCUUAUAUUAAUUUUCAUUGACAUAAUAGGUUGUUUAUGUAAUUUUCUAGACUCUAUUUAUAUUUUUAUGUCAUUUAUAUAUAUAUAUAUUUUUGUAUAGUUAUUUGCAGUUUUUCCUGUAUGUACGUUUGAAAAGCCCAGUUAUGUAUGUGUAUGAAGCGCACUUAUUUUAUUUAUUUUAUUUUAUUUAAAUAAAAACGAUAAUAAAUAGGUUAAUUAACAUUAAAUUUAAAAUAGAGAUUUAGAAUAGAGAUUUCCCCCCACGGGCAAUUUAAAUAUAUGUAUAUAUUCCUGACUGAGGAUAAUAAGAGAACAUUCGUAGUCUAGAGCUCGUGCGUGGCACAUCUUUUAAUCUGGGUUUUACUUUCUUUCUUUUUUUUUUUUUUCAUGUUGCCCGUAGGGUGGACUCCACUCAUGAGAGUGGCUGCUGUGAAUGGAAAUGUCAAUGUAGCUAAGGUGCUUAUACAUCACGGAGCAAAUGUACAUACAAUGGAUAAAGAAGGAAAAACAACGCUUAUGAACGCUGCACUCAACGGAUUCGAGGCGCUGGUCAAGCUUUUGGUCAAAAAGGGCGUGUCAAUAAAGCUGAGAUCCGAGCACGGCAAAACAGCGCUUGAUUUCGCGAGGUCAUUUGAACACGAGAGGGUUAUUCAGGUUUUACAAGAACAGUUGGAUGCCAUAAGGAAGGAAGAGAACGAAAGAAAACUGGCCGAGGCAAAAGAGCAGAGGCGGAGCCUCGAGAAGAUCGACAGUAGUGUUGUGAAACCUGUCACAAAUGGGACUCAGAGCUUAAAUGGAAAAGAAAAUGAAGCCAUAGGCUAACAGAUAUCUUAAUAUGCAUAUCUAGGAUGGAUUUAUUUGCAGCCUAUUGGGAUAGCCAUCGUAAUUACUCCCUGAAAUUUUCCAUUACUUUUACGCCUUCUUCCAACGGGCAAAUGCGACUGAAAUACGCAUAUGCUGCAAACGAAUCCAUCCCUAUGAAACUUAGGGAGCUUUCCAUUUGUCAGAGCUGGCCGGCCAGACCAUUGCCUGACCAGUCAGUUUGAUAAUGAAAUAGGCCUUUUCCAAGAGUUUUUGCUGAAAAACCAUGUCCUUGGUACAUACUAUUUAGGAUGUGACUGAUCUGGCUGGAAAGUUUUGAUUAAAAGGGAAAUUAUCAUUGCGACGGGAAAGGUCGGGCCGGUCAGUUCUGACAAAUGGAAAGCGCUCCAAGGGGUUGCGGAAUUUGCCUUAUUUGAAGGCUGGGAUUCUCGGGUUAAAGCAAAACGUAUGCUCAGGAUGCAGUAGUCUCCCUCGCAGCCGUUUUUAGUAUCGUCACGCAACGCGUUGCGUGACGAUACUAAAAACGGCUGCGAGGGAGACUAAGGAUGCAGAUGCCGAAAAUAACCUUCGAGAUUACGGGACUGAACACAAAUUUGGAUCGGGAUGACAGAAUUGAAGGACCCAUUGGAGACCCUUCUAUAAAUGAUACCCUUUCUUCCUAAGCAGGCGUUUGAAGGGGAACCUAAAACUGAGUAUGACUACUGCCCAAAUAUAGAUGCCUAUAAUGCUGGGAGGGGGAUAUUUAAUGUAGGGUUCCUAGAAUACUGAGAGUGAGGGGGGAUAAAAGCGCGAGAUGAUGCCCUCCUUCCUCGCGCGGCCUUUAUGUACUCGCGCGCCUUAAUAGGCCAUCUCCGAGCUCCAAAGACUCUUCAUUUUCAAAACAAGGCUAAGUGCAAAACCAUUGUUGUGAAGGUGAGUUUUAUUUGCAUGGGAAUAAAUUAAAAAAUCAUUUCCAUAUCAGUGGCUUAGCAAAAGCGUUGCUUUGAAACAGAGGCCUAAGCAACUCAGAAAUGCCCUUUAACCUUCUUUUCUUUUCCCUUCAAGUUUUGGAACCAAGAAGAAUGAACUUUUUUACAACGACAAGUAACUUCACCACUUGUCGGUACUAUUUAUGGACUAUUUAAUAUCCUCUG